AUGUUAAAAAUUAUAAAAUUUAAUAAUAGUAAUAAUAAUUAUUUAAUUAAAAAUAAAAAUACAAUUAUAAAUCACAUUUUAAAUAAAAAAUUUUAUUGCACAAAUAAUAAAGAAAAAAAUUUAUUAUUUUCAUUUGGAUCAUUCGAUAAUUUAAAGUUAGGUUUACCAGGCAAUGAGGAUAAAUUAUACCCACAACAAAUUACCCAUUUACCACCAUUUUUAAAAAUUAAACAAAUUGGUACAUCAUGGUUAAAUUCAUUUUUGUUAACUGACGAAUCAUCAACUUCAACAUCGUUGACAACAACAACAAAUAAACCUGUUUCAAAUAAAGUUUACAUGUGGGGUACAAAUAAAUCUGGUAAUAUGGCAUUACCAUCAGAUCAUUAUAGAUUUCCAACCUUGGUAGAUAUUUUAAAAGAAGCAAAUGUUGAAAAAGUAGUUGGUGGUAGAUCAUAUAGUUUAGUAUUAACUAGUAAGCAUUAUUAUUUCAAUGAAGGAAAGGUAUUGGGAUUUGGUGAAAAUAAUUUUGGACAAAUUGGAACAGGAGAUAUACAUAACAAAACAGUACCAACUUUAGUUGAAAAUUUAGAUCAAUUUAGAGUUAUUGAUGUUGAUGUUGGUUUAGAUCAUUCAUUAGUAGUUACAUCGAGUGGACAUGUAUUUGGAUGGGGAUAUAAUGUUGAAGGUCAAAUAGGUCAAAAAGUUGUAGAAUAUACUAGAGUUCAAUCAUCGACUGAUCAAUUACCAGGAGAAGAUUCAUUAGAAGGACAAAUGGUGGCUGAUGUUGAAUAUUCAUCACCUACAUUAGUACCAGGUUUAGAAAAAGUUAAAAUUUCAAAAGUUUUUUGUGGAUAUGAUUCAUCAUUUUUAUUAUCUGCACGUGGUAAUGUUUAUGCAUUUGGCAGUAAUGAAGUUGGUUCAUUAGGUUUAGGUGGUGAUCAUAUAGGAAGAGUGGUUACACCAACCAAAGUUAAAUUACCAGAAAAAAUCCAACAAAUAUCAAGUGGUUCUUCUCAUACUUUGUUUUUAGGCAACAGUGGUAAUGUCUAUGGAUGUGGUUGGGGAUCUGAAGGUAGAUUAGGUUUAGGAGACAAUACAUCAAAUCGUAACGAACCCGUUUUAUUAAACUAUUUUAAAGAUAACAAUAUUAGAAUUAUUAAAGUCUCAGCUGGUGGAUCUCACUCUUUAGCCUUGGAUGAUCAAGGUAAUGUCUACUCUUGGGGUAAUGGCUCCAAUGGAAAACUUGGUCAUGGAGAUGAAAAAGAUUGUCAUUUACCAACUAAAAUCAAUUAUUUCCAAAACUUAUUUUGUUUAGAUAUUUUUUCAGGUAUUGAUAAUUCUUUAGUAUUAUCAAAAGAAAGAUAA